AUGUAUCCCUAUUGCAGUGAAGAUCAUCUCAAUUUUUCAUAUCGAAAGCCGUUGAUAUUAAAAGAAAUUCUUGGUUAUAACGCUGAUGUGGUAGCAUUACAAGAGUGUGAUGUCAAGUUUUUUGACAAUGAUCUAUCAUUAGUCAUGAAAAUGAAUGGUUAUCUCGGCCACAUGAAAAUAAAAAGUACAAAUGUUCAAGAAGGAGAGGCAAUUUAUUAUCGUUCAAAUAAAUUCAACGUAGUUGGAAGUCAUGAUAUAUCAAUAGCUGAUUAUUUUAAUAAUUCGGAGAAUGCUGAAAUUUUGAGGUUGAGAUUAGAAACAUUAUCAGACGUUCGCCAAUGUCUUUCUGGUAGAAAUACAGUACUUCAGAUUUUGGCUUUACAAGUAAAAGAUAAUUCAAAUCAUGUGAUAUUAGUAUGCAAUACUCAUCUAUAUUUUCAUCCGACAGCCAAUUUAAUACGUGUUUGUCAAGUCAUUUUAUGUUUAACACGAUUAGAAGAAAUAAAACGAUAUUAUGAAAAAGAGGGUCGUACUGUUUCUAUUAUAUGGGCUGGGGAUUUCAAUUCGACUACCACAUCAUUGGCCUUCCAUUUAAUUUUUACAAAUUCUCUAUUAAGAGAUACAACACAUAAACAAUACGAUGAAGAUUAUCAUACACUCACGAAGGAUUUUGAUUAUUUUCAUUCAUUAAAUUUAAUGACAUAUGCUAAUUAUGAUUAUACAGCUUAUCUACCUAGUUACAGUGAUGUUCUUGAUCAUAUUUUUUUCGAUCAAACAACACUCUCAUUCAAACGAUGUAUACCAAUGCCAUCACAUAGUGAAGUUACAGAGUUUGUUGGUUUACCAAGCUGCAAAAUACCAAGUGAUCAUUUGGCUGUCAUUGUUGACUUGGAAAUGAGACAAGAUAUAACAAACAAUUUAAAAGCUAAUUAA